GCCAUCUCCAGUUCAACUUCCUCCCCACUGAACCAUAACUCUUCCGGUGUGUGUGGCCAUCACUCUGGGCCUCAUCGCCAGCAGACAUACAAUCAUCAUCAUGGACUACGAAAUGGACAUCGAGCCCACCGGGCCCCAAGUGACCGUCCGCGAGGCCGAGCCCUACCGCGUGGACUUCAAGCUCAGCUCCGUCGACCUAGCCUUCGCCAACUCGAUCCGCCGCACCAUGCUCGCCGAGAUCCCGACCAUGGCGAUCGACCUGGUGGAAGUCGAGAAGAACACCUCGGUGCUGCCGGACGAGUUUCUGGCCCACCGCCUGGGGCUGAUCCCGCUCAACUCCAAGAACUGCGACCAGGACGUCGAGUACACGCGCGACUGCGAAUGCGAUGACCGCUGCUCCCGCUGCAGCGUGACGCUGACCCUGCACGCGCGCUGCACGAGCGACGAGAUCAUGCGCGUUUACGCGCGGGACCUGGCCGUCAGCGGCGAGCGGGCCAACGAGUGGGUGGGCAACCCGGUGAUCACGGACCCCGAGGGCAAAGGGCCCCUGAUCUGUAAACUGCGGCGGGGCCAGGAGCUGAAGAUGACCUGCAUCGCGAAGAAGGGGAUCGCCAAGGAGCAUGCCAAGUGGGCGCCGACGGCCGCGGUGGGCUUCGAGUACGACCCGCACAACAACCUGCGCCAUGUGGAUUACUGGUAUGAGGAGGAUGCGGCGAAGGAGUGGCCUAUUUCGCAGAACUCGGCAUGGGAACACGCCAACCCUCCCGAUCAGCCUUUUGACUACGACGCGCAGCCGAACAACUUUUACAUCGACGUCGAGAGUAUCGGCAUGAUUGACCCGGAUAUGAUCAUUCAGCAGAGUAUCAUUGUGCUGCAGCGCAAGUUGGCCUCGGUCAUCUCGUCGCUGUCUGGCUCGGGUGAUGGCGGUGCGGAUCGUGGCGGCAUGAUGGGUGGUGAGGACGAUGAUAUGAUGCGCAGCCCGGAUGCCUACGAGCCGCCGGAGGGUAUUGAUGGCGGGUUCACGGCCUAUGCCAGUGGCGGUGCCAGUGCGUGGGGAGCCAGUGCUGCCACGCCGUACGGUGUCACGCCUUAUGGCGGUGGCUAUGGGUUUUAGGUGGAAUGGAGAUGAUGUGAGAUGUGAGGGCUGGAUUGCUCUGCUGUCCGUUGAGCCGACUUUCCCUGGGAAUAGCUGCGUCUACCCGGCAGGGUUGUCUUUGGUCACCGAGACUUCGACAGCCUGUUAGCCCAACCAAUUCAUCGUCAUCCCUACCUCCUCUCCGAAGGCGAAUCAAACCAACCACCAACAUCAUAUUCUCGCCAACCUUUUCUGAUACUAUUUCCAGCAUGCGGACGGAGUUUAUCACGGGUAUUUCUGCUCACCUCGGGGAAUUGAAAUUUUCUUUUGUCUUCUUCUUAUUUUCUCUUUCAUAUUCCAUGGUAACAAAAGAAGUUCUUCCAUGGUCAGGGCGUGCAACGGGGGUGUUUUGUUGCUUUGGUUUCUUCUCAUGUCUUGUCUCUGAUUUUUCUUAAACACAUAUUUACAUAAGAACACCACACCACAUCACAUACAAAUCCAAAUGAACAGAUAUCCAACCAA